GAGACACCCGGUGGUCAUUGGGAUUGACACGCUCACGACAACCUGAGCAAUCUUUGAAGUGACCGGAAGUUUGCUCUUUACAGCGGCGGACAUGUUGGAUCCUGGCAGAUAAAGGCAAUAAAAGGUCUUGCAAUGGUCGAGAGGGAGUUUUAAGGAACACAUAACCUUCCCAAAGUCAAAUGAGUCUUCAUCUGUCUGUUGUCCGGCGUGGACUAUGCACCAAGGUUCUUCCGAACGUACCUGCGGAAAGUCUUUCCUAUGAGACAGAACAAAGGUGUCGGGAAGUUCUGAGUAGAACGACACUACCAGUCAAAGCAUCAGCAGGAGUUCUGGUAACAUUAUGUACCUUCCGUGGAGCCCCCUCUUUUCUCUAUACCCUGCGCUCCCCCAAGCUGAAAGGGAGGCACAAAGGAGACAUCAGUUUUCCAGGAGGAAAGUGUGAUGCAUCUGAUAAAGACAUCAUAGACACGGCUCUAAGGGAGGCACGCGAAGAACUUGGUGUUUCCGUGGCUCAAAGUACGGUGUGGGGCGCUAUGAAGCCAAUCACUGAUUGGACGGGGAUGGUCAUCGUUCCAGUUCUGGCACACAUAGGCUGUCUCGAGGACCUGGCUGCCAAGCCCAAUCCAGAAGAGGUGGAGUCUCUCCUCACUCUUCCCCUUUCCCUAGCCUGUACAAGCUCUUCCCAGGGAUACACCUGUUUCCGCCAGCGUGGUCGCUAUGCCUAUACGCUACCAGUUUUCCGCCUACCAGGACACAAGGUGUGGGGCCUCACCGCCAUGAUGACAGACUCUGCUCUCUCACUGCUCUUCCCUGGAAGCUAUAGAAGCAUCCUCAGUGGCUCUCGCUCACGAUAACAUAUUGGAACAAUACAGUACUCUUAGUUGAUUGCCACAAUAAAGUUAUUUUUUUUUAUUAUAAA